UAUCUACUCCCACUCAAACAACCGCAAACUUAUCCAAGGACUAAGAAAAAAGGAAAUUAAGGAUCCAUGGUGAUUCUGAGCACUUGGCAGCUUCUUCCAUCACCGUCUUCUUCUUCAUCUUCUUCAUCUUCUUUUCAGUCUUCUGAGGAAACUUAUUCGAAUCUGUCUAACCAGAAGCUAUUAACAAAGCGCCAAAUACUUAUCCUAUCUACCUCCACUCUCGCUGCAGCUUCCUUUACAAGAUACCCUUUUCCUAACUCUGCCGUUGCCUUGCAGCAGCAGCAGCAGCAGCAGCAAGAUUACACCGACCCAGAUGAAGUUCGCGUCGUUCAAAUCUUCCAGGAAACCUCCCCGUCAGUUGUAUUCAUUAAAGACAUUGAGGUAGCUCAAAACUCUAAGGGCUCUGAUACAGAGUUAAAUGGAGAUGAAAAUCUGAAGAUUGAAGGAACUGGCUCUGGCUUUGUUUGGGACAAGUUAGGUCACAUUGUAACCAACUAUCACGUUGUAGCUAAGUUUGCCAUUGAUAAAAGUGGACUGCAUCGGUGUAAGGCGAUUCUGGUUAAUACAAAGGGAAUUAGCUUCUCGAGAGAUGCUACACUUGUUGGUUUUGAUCCAGCUUAUGAUUUAGCAGUUCUUAAGGUAGAUAUCGAGGGUGAUAAUGAGAUAAAACCAGCAAGUCUUGGCACAUCCCGUGAAUUACGAGUUGGUCAGAGUUGCUUUGCUAUUGGGAGUCCAUUUGGAUACGAAAACACUUUGACGACUGGGGUUGUUAGUGGAUUAGGAAGGGAAAUACCAUCUCCAAAUGGACAGGCCAUUCGAGGAGCUAUACAAACCGAUGCGGCUAUAAAUGCAGGGAAUUCAGGUGGACCUUUGAUUGAUUCGUAUGGUCACGUUAUUGGUGUCAAUACAGCAACUUUCACUCGUAAAGGGACAGGAGUGUCGUCUGGUGUUAACUUUGCGAUACCAAUUGACACAGUCUUGCGAACGGUUCCUUACUUGAUCGUGUAUGGUACGCCUUACAACGACAGGUUUUGAUCGUUUCGUCUCAAGCUUUAUGCCACGACUGCCCCUUCUCGCCGCGGCGGUGGUGGUUGUAUCAAACAACCAUUGAAGCGUAAUAUGUUCUUUUGCAUAAAUAUGGAGCCCAAUGUCUUCACACUUUGUAACCAUCAUUCACUUACUUUUUUUUUUAAGUACUUUAUUUUAUAACUGUCAUAUAAUAUCAUUCUAAAAUCAGCUACAAAAAAUUAUUUAUUAAAAUGGUAAUCUAUUCAUUGUUUUCUUGAA